CUCCAAUGUUAUUUUUUUUUUCCUUUUCUCAGCAACCCAACGAACGGCUAGGUACCUCUGUCACCACUCAUAGUACAAGCUUGAAUUCAUUUCAGCUCGUGUAGUUUAUAUUCACACGACGUGACGUAAUAUGGGUCCACUACCUCAUACCAUAAUAUCUUUUUGAAAAUCUCAUUGGAAUUUUCCCAUCUUUUCCAGUCUUCCUCUAGGGUUGUUUAUAUAUUUUGCAGACAUAGGGUUUCUCUUUCAUCAACACAUUUCAGUAUGAGUAACAAUUGGGACAUAUAUCAGUCCAAUCUUUAUCCCUUCACGGCUGAUGCCGUUGCUUCGUAUGCUGAAUAUCGUGCUGAGUUGGAGCUUGAACGGAAGGAAAAGAUUCGGAAAUUGGAUGGGGAUCCCUUGACUAGACUUAAGAAAUUGUCACCACGAGUUAGGAAGCGCGUGGAGGCUUUGAGAAAUCUUCAGGGUCAACCUGGUGCGCUGAAAGCUUUAUUAUCGGAGGAGAAGGCUGUACUUAAAGCUGGUUAUGAGAAGCUGCAUAAAUCGUUGGACACGAAGAGUCAACGUGAUGCGCUGAAAGCUUUAUAUUCGGAGGAGAAGGCUGUACUUGAAGCUAAAUAUGAGAAGCUGCAUGAAUCAUUGUACCCAAAGAGAUAUGAAAUUGUAAAUGGUGUUGUUGAAGUGAAAGGUGUUGAUUUAGCUCCUGUGGAUCACAGUGAUAAUAAGGGGACAGGAGAUGAAAAAGGUGUUCCCAACUUCUGGCUGACUGCAUUGAAGUCCUUCGCAAAAUACGAAGAUGAGAUCUACGUCUCAAAACGAGAUAAAGAAGCUUUAAAAUUCCUUAAGGAUAUCAAGUGGUGCAGGGUUGAUCAUCCAAAGGGUUUUAAGCUGGAUUUCUUCUUUGAUACAAAUCCUUUUUUCAAGAAUUCUGUAUUGACAAAGACCUGUCACAAAAGAAUAAAUAAGACUAUGGCGAAAAACACAACAGGGACGGAUAUUGAAUGGUUUCCAGGAAAAUGCUUGACAAAGAAGACUGUAAAAUGCAAUCCAGAUAGGAGGUUAAAAAGUGCUAAAACCAUGAUCAGGCCAGUGGAUUGUGAAAGUUUUUUCCAUUUUUUCAAACCGCCACCGGUUGGAGGACCCCAGUAUCAUAUGCAAGAAGAUGAUUAUGAAAUUGGCUCAACAAUUCGGGACAAAAUAAUCCCUGAUGCAGUGUUGUGGUUUACUGGUGAGGCUGAAGAGGAUGACUCUAUAUAUAUGGAAUUUGAUAUGGAAGCAUUCGAGGAUGCUAUGAUAUAUUAAUGUGGUAUGAUUAG